CUCCUUGUCAUCGAAUGUGCCACCAUCGCAGCCAGCAAGAGACAGCGCUCGAAGUUACCCUCAACUCUGGCGCCGUCAACUGCCACCAGUCUAAGCUCCAUCUCUCCUUUACUAUGCGGUAGAGCUUACAUCUAACAGUUAGAUUCUUGUUCGCUUCUAUUUACACAUUCAAUUCUUCUCUGUAUUCCGGUAAUCUCGGCAUCUCCUGCCAUCUUAUUCACAUCUUGAACAGCUUCAGCCGGGCUCCCGCCCAGUCCAACCCACGCCUUCACGAUGCCUACAGCAUAUCCCACUCCACCUCAGCGCGACUCGUGGUUUGCGCCGCUCUCGAUCGACCUCAUCGUCAAGGUCUUCAAGACCACCUUCUUCCACCCAUUCGUGGUAUGGAUUAUCCCGCUCUGCUUCCGCGCCCAGAACAUGUUCUGGGAUGCGCCGCCGAUGCUCGUGUCGAUCGCCUGGGCCUCGUUCAUCACGCUCUGCUGGGCUGCGGGAGUAAUCAACGACAGGUUAGCAUUCGGCUUGCCGCGCGAGGUUGACCUCAGCGAGGAGGUCAUCGUCAUCACGGGCGGCGCCAGCGGGCUGGGCCUGCUGAUCGCCGAGGUGUACGGCAUGCGCGGCGCCACGGUUGCCGUGCUGGACGUGGAGGAGAUGGAGAACGGCGAGGCACGGGGCGUCACCUACUACAAGUGCGACGUGACGAAUAAGGACCAGCUUGCGCGGGUGGCGGCCGAGAUUGAGAGAGAUCUCGGCACCCCAACGGUUCUCAUAAACAACGCGGCGAUCGUGUUCGGCAAGCCCCUCCUCUCCCUCACCUUCCCCGAAAUCGACAGGUCCAUCUCCACCAACCUCCUCAGCCACUUCUACACACUCAAGACCUUCCUCCCCGCCUUGGCGCGCAGCGAGGUUGGCGGCACCAUCGUCACACUCUCGUCCGUGAUUGGCACGGUCGGCGCCGCCCAGCUGACCGACUACGCGGCGGCCAAGGCCGGCGUCGCGGCGCUGCACCGGUCGCUCGCGGCCGAGCUGCGCCAGUCGCACCCGCAGAUCCGCACGGUGCUGGUGACGCCGGGCCAGCUGAGCACGCCGCUGUUUUACGGCGUGCAGACGCCCAAUGCGUUCCUCGCGCCCGUGGUCGAGCCGGUCGACGUGGCCAAGGAGAUCAUCGCGGCGAUCGAUAACGGGCGGAAUGCGGCCAUCGGCAUGCCGCUCUACGCGCGGUGGAUUGAUUGGUACAGUGUGCUUCCGCUUGGCCUGCAGGCCGUCGUAAGGAGGCUCGCCGGCGUGGAUACGGCCAUGAAGACGUUUGUCGGGCGGAAGGGGGCCCAGAAGGAGGGGAAACAGGGCGUGUUGAUUCAGGCGUUCUGAGACGGCUCAAAGGCAUUGACCCCAGCGCUGGCGUCGGGGUUUUGACGUUUUGACGCGGGGCGAGAAUGAUGGAUGUAAUUCUAUUUAGCACGGAGCAUGUACGAAAAGCUACCUACCUAUGCAGCGUUGUGUGCUGUAGCGCAAAAGAAUGUUGCAAAAGAACCAGCAAGGACACCAAAGUACCCCUCGAUUCUGCCUGCUGCCGGACGCGACAUGACCGCUGGACCCAGCGUGGGAAGCUCAAUCACCAACCCCGCAUCCAGCCUCUUGCUGUAUCCCUUUCCUCUACACUGGCUACUGAAACGCUAGAACCUGGCCAUCAGGAUAAACAAAGUCACGGAUCUCUGCUCGAUCUGCCAAGACGACGGGGAAAUCGGUCCAGG